AUGUCAUCGUUUUCGCAACUCGAUUCUGAUGUUCUUUCCCACAUCUUGUCCUUCGGUCUUCUCUCUGCCCCCGAUGUACAAUCUCUGAAAUUCACCUGUCGAUCUCUUUAUCAAUUCUUGAGUGGUGGCUCUUUUUCGAGUCCAUUACGAUCACAAGAAAUUUCUUCAUUGCCACCAAUUCAUAUUUCCGAUUCAUUAAGAAACCAGCUGGAAUCUCUCUAUUUACCUCGAGUGGUGAUUCAAAUGGGCCUCAAUGUGGAUUUUGAAGACACUGAACAGGGCGAACCCUAUCAACAUGUCAUUGAUGCCAUGAAGAAAAUAUUUCAGAACAAGUGUCGAAAAAUUUCAUCGCAAGAAGUUGAAAUUGAAAUUCAGUGGCCUAAGUGUAAAGAAUAUACGAAAAGUGAAAAGGAGAGCGAUAAGAACGGUGGAAAUGCAAAUCAGGAUGAAGUGGAAUAUUCAACACUAUGGAAAUAUAUCGACAGUGCUCAUGUGAAUUCCGAUAAGAAUGGAAAUCGAGAAAUACUGACCGAGUUUUUACAUGCUCGUUAUUUUUCAAAGAAAUCCGCCGCAAAAAACGACAUAGAAGCAUCUAAUUUAAACCCACUUGAUGACUCUGAGAAUGGCAUUGCUAGUGUUGAGAAGCAAUCAACUCAACAUUUUUUGUCUCUACAUGAGGAAACUCAAUUAAGAAAAUAUGAAAAAGAUGAUUUGACCAAUUCAACGCCACCACAAGAGGAUCCUUAUAUUUCUAUUCAGGAAUUUCUCUACUCUUGGAAAAACAAACAUUUCGAACAUGGAAAAAACUUAUACAUUUCUCAACUCAUUGAUUCUGAUUUGAAUCUCAAUGCAUGCCAAUUAUUUGACAAGUUCAUACUCCAUCUUCAUUUUGUUCCAUGUAUGAACGAUCGAGAUCCUUCAUAUUCUACUCAACAAUUGGAGGACAGCAUUUCUGCAACCUUAACACAUCCAAAAAGGAAAAUCCGUCACAAAUUGAGAAAUUUCAUAAAGCCCUAUGGAACAAUCUAUGAUGGAAGAGGGAUUGAGAAGUACCAAUUUUUGCCUGUAGGUGAUUGGACACACGCACAUGCAGAAUUGAAAACCUCAGUAUUUGUCAAAAUAAUAUUUUAUUACCUAUUUAAGGAUUAUUUGAUUGGAAAAAUUGAAAAGCAAUGUUCCAUGAAUUUAAAAGCAAUCUAUGAUACAGAAAGUGUCAGAUAUUUAAAAAAGAUCAUUGAGGAAGAACGGUAUCAAAUCAGGAAUGGCUGUUCCAAUACUAUGAAAUCUGAAACGAAACAUUCACCUCUUCGAAGUUUUCUACUGAUUGAAAACAAUGUAAUUAAGGCCUAUCAAAACUCAGUCUUGAAUUUAUAUAAUCCCAGUUCAGGCAGUUGUGGUCGUGUUGGCCGCACAACACUGUUAUCUGUGAUUCCAAGUUCCAAAUUCCCAUCAUGUUAUGUUCCAGUGUUGUCAAUUCAGGAACAUUUGGCAUUAAUGUCAUUAGAGAGCAUGAACGACAAGAUGAGAAGAAUAUUUGUAAGUCUGUAUUUGGAAUCCAUCUAUGCAUCAGAAAUGCAAAUCUCUGAUUCUAUGAGAAAACACUACGAAGAAAAGAUGGGUGUGAAAUCCAAAGAAGGAAUUUCAUUCACCACCUCUUCUCAGUCACCACCUUCCGAAUCCACAAACAACACCAAUGCUCUGAAUCUCUUAUCAUUCACAUUUGAAACUCUCGAAUUUGAUCGAACCAUUAGUAAGAUGAAACACAAUAUUGUGGAAUUUCCAAAAUAUCCCAGCAUCAGCCUGUCCAAAAUUUCACACACACGUCCCUCUCCUUUACGUCUUUUUCAAGAGACUUCCAUCAUUGGUCAAAUCGAUCGAUUUAUACUCGAAAAUAUUUGUCCCGUCAAGGUCUUGUGUUGCUGCAAUGUUUCAGUCAUUACUUGUUGCUGUCUCACCACAGCUUGGUGUGGAUGUUAUCGAGGAAUAAUUUGUCCCUUAUUUCUUCAGUGGUUGGGCGUUCCCAAAUGGCUAGGAAAUUUAUUUUGUGAUAGCCAUCGAUUUUUACCUUCGUUGGAUUGUGAAUUGUGUUGUAAUGUCAUGUGUUGCAAGUCACCAGAAGAGUAUGAUUCGUUUAAGGUGUAUAAGAAUGCAACAGUAAAUGAUACUUUUUGA